ACAUGGCUUCUUGUUGUUUUGCUCAAUAUAAGCAUUCAAUGGAGCAAAAUAUAUCAAUUAGUCAUUAAAAAAAUAGCAUUUAUACAUAUAUGAGUAGUUUUAGUAUAUGAAAAUAAAUAUGAGAGCAUUGAUUUAAUAUCUGUGAAAGAUGGAAAUACCUGCCCAAGAGAUUUCUCAUGCUCAGAGGGUGCUGUUUUUGCUCAACCAACAGAGGGGUCUUGGCCAGUUCUGUGAUGCCAUGCUGAACACUGCGAGUGGGCAGGUGCACCUUGCCCAUCGCAACGUUCUCGCCUGCUUCAGCCAGCUGUUCCAGGAUCCCAGUUUAGACACACCAUGUGUACAGAUUACCCUCCCAUCAGAAUGCCCUGAUGAUGGACUUGAGCUGCUGCUUAAUUUGUUUUACACUGGUGAACUCCACUUAGAUGAUAGUAAUUUAGAAAAGGUUCAGAAUGCAGCUAUUGGGCUAUCAGUGCCGGAUUCCUUGAUACCAUGCCAAUGUUUGCCAAGUGUGGAGGCUUUACAGUCUCCUGACUUGAGUGGAGAUUCUAAAGACAAACCACUCUUUCCUCUGACACCUGCAGACUCUCUGCCUGGUCAGACCAUGAAAGGAAAGACUAGAUCUUGUCUGAGAACAAAAUAUAAAUCAGAUGCAUGCAGGUCAGCUGUAGUGGUCUCAGCUAGUGAUGAUGACCACCCUGCCUCAAAGUCUACUACCACCACACGUUCUGGGAGGAGAGUAAAAGGGCCCAGUAGACUUGUUGGGGAGAGCCCCAUGUCCACUCUCAUGAGACAAGGAGCAACAAGGAGAAAAGCAUCAUCUAUGGAGUACAAAGAAGAGGAAAUUGCUGCCACUGAGGAAGGAGAUCAGCUCAUUCAUCAUGACUUGAGUGAGACUGAGCAGGUAGAUGGAUCUGUUUUGAAUCAAAAUGAUAAUGAUGAUCAAGAUGAUGUCGACAACGACUACGAUGAUGAUGAAAAUGAUGGAGGUGAUUGUAUGGACAUUCUCAUUAAAGGCUCUGAUGAAGAGUACGUGCCUCAUGAUUCACCUUGCUCGACCUCAAAGGGUCCACAGGGAAAGUGCAAACAGCAAGGAAAAAACACCAAUAAAGAGAACGGGGAAGGAACAUCAAAAGACACCAAGAAAGGCUCGGUCCAAUGCCCUACAUGCCACAAAACAUUCCUCAGCAAGUACUACCUGAAAGUACACAACAGGAGACACACAGGAGAGAAGCCCUUUGAAUGUGCUAAAUGCGGGAAGUGUUACUACAGGAGGGAAAACCUCCUUGAGCAUGAAGCAAGGAACUGCCUUAGCAGAACAGAGGUGGUUUUUUCAUGUUCCAAAUGUCCCAUGACCUUUAAGAAGCGACAUGAGCUGCGUCUCCACACAGUCACACACACAGGAGAGAUGCCCAAUAAGUGCACGUCAUGUCCAGAACAGUUCAUGCAGAAGAAGGACCUCAGGAUCCACAUGAUUAAAGUUCACGGAGCUCCUAAACCACAUGCGUGUUCGUUGUGUCCCAAGUGUUUCCUGUCCCGUACUGAGUUGCGGCUGCACGAGGCUGCCAAACAUCGUGGUGAAAAGCUGUUUGUUUGUGAGGAAUGUGGGCAUCGGGCCUCCAGCCGCAACGGCCUGCAAAUGCACAUCAAAGCCAUUCACAGAAAUGAGCGUCCCUUUGUGUGCGAGUUCUGCAACCAUGCUUUUACUCAGAAAGCCAAUCUCAACAUGCACCUUCGAACACAUACUGGAGAGAAGCCUUUCCAGUGCCACCUUUGUGGCAAGACAUUUCGCACACAAGAAGAAAGAGAGCAUACACAUCUGGGAUGGCAUGAGGCCAGUCUGGAUAAGCACCACCGCACACACACAGGAGAGCGGCCAUAUAGUUGUGAGUUCUGUGAGCAGCGCUUUACUGAGAAAGGCCCUCUCUUACGCCACAUAGCCAGCAAACACCAAGAAGGCCGCCCACACUUAUGUCACAUCUGCAACAAAACCUUUAAAGCCAUCGAGCAGCUCCGUGUUCAUGUACGACGGCACAAGGGCAUGAGAAAAUUUGAGUGUACUGAUUGUGGAUACAAGUUCACCAGACAGGCACAUUUACGGCGGCACUCCCAGAUCCACAACCGCGUGCAGAACUACAACCCCAGGCAGAGACGACUGCGCAACCUGAUUGUGGAGGAUGAGAAUGCAGCUGCCUCAUCUAGUUCAUCCAGCCAGACAGAGGCUCAGGCAGGGGCACAGGACAUUGUUGCGGUUGUGGUGGAGCAGGUGGUCUCAGCCCCUGCCGGAGCAGCAGGAGGAGACCAGACAACAUAUUCAAUGAUGGAUGGGCCAGUGAAUGGUAAGCAGACAGGGUUAGAUGUGAAGGAGAGGACUGAUGGUGGAGUUGAGCAGGCUGGGUUCACUGUAGCAGAUAUGAUGGACCAGAAGCUGCUAUACCCCAUCCAUCAAUCAAGUGUGGUGGUGGAGCUGCCCAGCUCUGGAGCUGAUGAGAAGAUCUAACUUGGAGAGACUUACUAAAUCCAAAUGCUACAUUAUUACAAACAUGUUCACAGAGGGUCCAUGUUGGAGUAUGACGUUUGAGAGUUUGAAAAUCAGUGUGACAAGUCAGUGAUUGUGAAUACAUUUUUGGAGAUUUUGGAGAUUAUCUGUUGGAACUGCACAAAACAAAUAACAGACAAAAAGAAAAAACAGUCCACUUCUCAGGACAUGCUCCUUGUGGUACUUAAUGACGAUGUUUGGAUGAAUAGACAAGAAAAGUAAAGCUUUUUAUUCUACAGUAUAAGGAAUCAAACUAAUGGAUUCUGCUUUUCUUCUUUGUACCAGCUAGUUUGAUGAGCUCCACUGGUUUUAUAAGCAAAAGGAUAUUUGACAUAACUGCACAUAAAAGAAUAUCAUGCAUAAUAUAAUUGAAGACUAAUGUAAAACAAGGUAACACUUUACAAUAAGGUUCCAUUCAUUAACGUUAGUUAGUGCAUUAAGUAUCAUGAACAAACAAUGGACAAUACACAGUAUUGUAACACCGUCUACAGUAUUAAUCUUUGUAAAUGUUAGUUAAUAAAAAUACAAUUGUUCAUUGUUAGUUUAUGUUAGUUCAUAGUACAUUAAUGUUAACAAAUAUAAAUGAAAUUAACUAACCACGAUUAACAAAUGCUGUAUUGUAAACUGUUAGUUCAUGUUAACUAAUGUUGUUAACUAAUUUUAACAAAUGGAACCUUAUUGUAAAGUGUUACACAAAACACAAAAAAAAUCUAAUAAAUAAAUAACAUAUUCUUAAUAUUUAAUAUGGAAGUGGCAAAAUGUAAAAACACAAAAUCCAAACCUGUCCAUUUUUUUUAAUUAUUAUUAUUUGAUAUCAGAUGUCUGUUCUGUGCACAUAAGCUUUAAAGGAAUAGUUCGCCCAAAAUAAAAAUUCGGUCAUCAGAAGGUUUGGAAUAUCGGGCACGAGUCAUAUGGACUACUUUAUAUUGUUGUUUUUUUAAGCUUAACAACCCAUGGCCAGUCUGCUUGAGAUGAGCAGCUUGUACAUUUCCUUUAGUGUUCCAAAAAAGAAAGGAAAUCAUACAAGUUUCUAACAACAUGAUAGUGGGAGUAAAUAAUGACAGAAUUUUAAAAUUUUCCUUAACUAUUUCUUUCACUGCUUAAUCUUUCAAUUGUAUCUUCAUUAUGGAGUCAAGCUUGUAGAUGUACUAGAUCUUCCACUAAAUAUUCAUUGCAGUCAAGCUUGAGCCUUUUUCCAUGACCUUACAUGACACAGUAUCUUCCACUAAUUUAUUUAAAAGGGUAGGAUUAGGAUAUACUCAUUUCAACUUGAUGGAAAAUUAGCCUACCCCAAUUCUAUUAAUGGUUGUGCAGAAUAUAUCUUUUUGUCUUGUAAUCUUAUCAUAUACACCGAUCAGCCACAACAUUAAA